UUUCAGUGUGAAUUACACAACACAAAACAAACAAACAUACCAAAUAUAUCUCAAAUGACUUCUAACUCAGCUAAUCCCGAAUCCACAUUCGCUGCCCUUCACUCGGAUAUCAUCGAAACUCACCUGUUAACGAGGUUCGAUGGCGCAUCUCUCGCUUCAGUCGCCUCGACGUCGAAUUUGUUACAUGCGCUCUGCGAUAAGCAGAGUUUGUGGAAAGAUAUCUGUGAUUCGACUUGGAAGUCGGUGCAACAUCCGCUUGUGCAGGAAGCUAUCUCUAACUUUCCUGGCGGGUACCGUUCUUUUUACUCGGAUUCGUUCCCGGUUCUAGGUGCAAAUUCUAGACAGGGGAAAAACCACGGUCUGGUUGAGAACCAGACCGUGGAAAUAAUUUCUGCUGUUGAUAUACACUACGGGAAAAAUCCCGUUUUUUCCAGGGUAGCUGUCACGAAUACGGAUGCUAGCAGCUUCCCUGGAUCAUUGUUCAGUGUCGACUUGAUUGACCGCAAGGAAACUGUGGAAAUUCCAUUAAAAUGCGAAGGUUUUGAGAAAAUGUCAGAGCUGGAAGAUAAGUUGCGAUUGAGUUGGAUUGUAAUUGAUCCGACUUUAAAACGGGCAGCCAACGUGUCGAGUUUGAGGCCGGUGUCUGUGCGGCCGCAUGGCGAUAAGCGUGCUGUAGAAGUAACAUACGCCGCAAUUCUUUCUGGUAAAUGUUGUGACAUUGAUACGACAGAGUUUGUCGAAUGUAGGAUCGUGGCAGUAUUCGGAUGCGAAGAAGGAAACAACAUGGAAGUGAGGGAGCUGAGUCUGUGCUUGGUGGACAUGGUGAGAUCGCGUUUGAACGGGGAAUUGAGUUUGAGAAUAUUGCAGGAGGCUAUGGAGAAUGGUGAAAGAAGAAAAGAAAGCGGGCAAGGGAAAGAAAUGUAUGCGAAGAGUUUGGAUUUCAAGAGACAGAGAUUUGUUUUCUGGGUAUUUUUUGCAAGUUUCUUGAUCAGUUUGUUCUGGCUUGCUUGAUAUGUACGAGGACUUUAAUAUAUAGCGAUAGAUCAUAUGUGUAGGGUGGCAGAUUUUGUUUUGAAAACUGAUGGAAUUCUGAGAAUUGGAUUCCAAUAUGACAUGUAUUUAGUGAUAUCAUAAAUUAGGGGUAUAUCGAGAUUUUAAUCGAUUAUAUGUAAGAUAUAGAUUUUUAAUGAA